CCUCUUCCCCCUCCUCCCGAGCGGCCGAGCCGCAGCCGCCCUGCCCGCGAUGGCCCCCUCGCGCGCGGCGGCGGGGGCGCUGCUGCUGCUGGACGCCGCGCAGCACGCGACGGCCACCACGGAGUUCGAUUGCGACUUCGCGGCGACGACGAAGUGGGAGGCGGUCUGGACGGAGGCCGAGAAGAUGUGGUGCUGCGAGAACUUGGGCAAGGGCCUAAAGGGCUGCGAGGUGAAGCAGGAGUCCUUCGACUGCGACGCAGGCCUGCCCAAGUGGAAGACGGGCUGGUCGGAGGAGAAGAAGGAGUGGUGCUGCAAGAACAAGAAGAAGGGUUGCGAGGAUGACCCCUUCGACUGCGAUGCAGGCUUGCCCAAGUGGAAGACGGGCUGGUCGGAGGAGAAGAAGGAGUGGUGCUGCAAGAACAAGAAGAAGGGUUGCGAGGAUGACCCCUUCGAUUGCGACGCUGGCUUGCCCAAGUGGAAGACGGGCUGGUCGGAGGAGAAGAAGGCGUGGUGCUGCGAGAACAAAGAGAAGGGCUGCGAGGACCCCUUCGACUGCGACGCAGGCUUGCCUAAGUGGGAGACGGGGUGGUCGGAGGAGAAGAAGGAGUGGUGCUGCGAGCACGAGAAGAAAGGCUGCGAGGCGCCGACGCCGGCGCCACCGCCGCGGGCGCCAGCACCGCCGCCGCCAGCACCAACGCCGCCGCAGGACUCUCCCGCUUUCAACUGCACCAGCGGCAACUCGUCGAAAUGGUCGGCCAACAAGAAGCUGUGGUGCUACGAGCACUGGGAGGAUCAGCUCAAGUACAUGGUCCACGAUUGCUCGGCCGACUUCGACGAAUGGGAGGACAAGUGGUCGGACGAGAAGAAGUCGUGGUGCUGCGAGAACGUAGAGCGGGGCUGCCCGGACGCGCCUGCGACCACGCUGGCGCCCUACGACUGCUCCGACGGGUGUUGCCUCAACGCGGGCCGGGGCUGCCCGCAGGAGAGCAACGCGACGAGCUCGGAGAAGGGCAACGGCAGCACGCCGGGCGGCAAAACGGGCGCAGACGCCGGUCGGCAGGGACAGCCUGCGGCGGACACUGGGAGCAAGGCCUUUUUCCACGGCCAUGGCUCUGAUCGGGACGCCUGCGGGACCUCGAAACAGGACCUGCGUACCAAAGCAGCCCUCUGCGUGGAUCUCUGGCACACAGAAAAGUACACCAGAGUUGCACCGUGA